AGGCAGUCUGUGGGCGUGGCGUCUGAGGCUGAGAAUAGUGUGUUAUGAACACGGCGGGCUUUAGGACCCCAUCAUAGUAAAAGAAAGGGAAAUGUUUGAUGGAUCGUGAAGUUCAUCCAAGCUUUCUGUCGGCGUUGUAAUGUUACACAUGAUAAGAUACGCUAUUUAAUUCCCUGUAAUUCACUUGACGGAUCUGUAGCGCUGCUAAUAAACGGAAGCUGAUGACAGUAAGCAUGUGACGGGCUGUAGUGUGUGAAGCUUGCUCGCUCGCGCGGGGAUCUGUCAGAAAGAGAGAAGGAGAGAGAGAGAGAGAGAGAGGGAUGAGGCAGAUAUAUUCCAUCAAACCGACUCACAAGAGACUGAAAUGAUGCGGAGAUCCCUUCGCCAAAUACAGCCCAAACAUCAUUCAACCUUACAAGAGGCAGAAACAUGCUUGCUCGAAUAGACCCGUGAGCGACACACAGCAGGGACACUGAUGAAGCCAGCUGUCACUCGCCUCACGCGAGGAUCUUUGACAACUCGAUUCUGGAAGUGAAACUUUUCUAGAACAUCAGGACUCAGACUGAUUCGAGUGCCAUCGGAUUGAGCUAAAUCGAAAGCAACUUCAAAUCGGGGGAGCUGUGAUCGGGAGAUUGUUGAACAAAAGACACGCGACCAAGUUGAUACCCACAACAUCCUGUAACUGCAAGCCGAUAUUGGAGGUGGAGCAAUUAAUGCGAAAACCCCACACCCCCCCUCCUCCCUGCCUCCAAGCUCCUCCUACUCCAUCGUCAUGGCGAUGAGCAGUGAUCCUGGUUACGUGGGGGAGGACCCUGACCCAGACUCCUCCCAGGUAGCUGAGUUGACUGACAAGAUGUCUGUGGUGUCGCUAAGGUCUGAUCCCUCUUCCAGUGUAGUGAAGAAUGGGACAGGUGUUAAGAAGAGGCCACACCUGUCAGGCAGGAAGAUGUCAUUGCAGGAGAGAGGAACAUACGUGUCUUCUGGGAGCGGGGCUGACCGCUAUUCCCGAAUAGCCAGACAACCAACCAUUGAGUCCAAGCGAGUGUCCAUCUCAGACUCACAGGAUUGCAUCCAGCUUAACCAGUACAAGUUAAAGAGUGAGAUUGGGAAGGGCUCAUAUGGUGUUGUCAAGCUGGCGUACAACGAGGAUGAUGACAAAUAUUAUGCAAUGAAAGUAGUAUCUAAGAAGAAGCUGAUGAAACAGUAUGGUUUUCCCCGCCGCCCUCCUCCCCGAGGUCCUAAAGCAGCCCAGGGGGUGCAGCCCAAGGUGCUUGGUCCUCUGGAGAGAGUUUACCAGGAGAUAGCCAUCCUGAAAAAACUGGACCACCUCAACAUAGUUAAAUUGGUUGAGGUGUUGGAUGAUCCAGCGGAGGACAGCCUUCACAUGGUGUUUGAGCUGAUGCAGAAGGGCCCUGUGAUGGAGGUCCCCAGCGACAGUCCGUUCAGUGAGGACCAGGCCCGCCACUACUUCAGAGACAUUGUUCUUGGCAUCGAGUACUUGCACUAUCAGAAGAUCGUUCACAGAGAUAUCAAACCAUCUAAUUUAUUACUGGGAGAUGACGGACAUGUCAAGAUUGCAGAUUUUGGGGUUAGUAACCAGUUCGAGGGUAAUGAUGCCUUGCUCUCCAGCACUGCUGGUACUCCUGCCUUCAUGGCCCCAGAGACGCUGUCGGACAACCGCAAGAGCUUUAGUGGAAAGGCUCUGGAUGUGUGGGCUAUGGGAGUGACCCUCUACUGUUUUGUGUAUGGGAAGUGCCCAUUUAUUGAUGAGUACAUACUGGCACUUCACAAUAAGAUCAAGAGUAAGCCGGUGGAGUUCCCCGAGACGCCAGCUAUCAGUGAGGGGCUGAAGAAUCUGGUCUCACGAAUGCUGGACAAAAACCCAGACACCAGGAUCCCUAUUCCUGAGAUCAAAGUGGACCCCUGGGUGACUCAGGAUGGCACUGACCCUUUGCCUUUAGAAGAGGAGCACUGUACUGUAGUGGAGGUCACCGAAGAAGAGGUGCAGAAUUCAGUCAAGUUUGUCCCCAGUCUGUCUGCUGUGAUUUUGGUCAAAGCCAUGUUAAGGAAGCGUUCCUUUGGGAAUCCAUUCGAGUGUCCCAGCAGGAGAGAAGAGAGAUCCAUGUCUGCACCCGGCAGUCUGCUCAUAAAAGGGAGCAGUGGAGAGGCUGGUAGAGAAGUUGAGCUCGAGGACUUACAUGAGGACGAACCACCCACCUUUUGAGUGUCUUCAUAGAUCCUGAAGAGUUCCCCAUUGUCCUUCCAUCCCUUCGAGCAGAAGAUGAUCAUGACCCAAACGGCUCAACUACACUGUUUCCACCGACUUGAGGCUUACCUUGACACUGAACUGGAUUCUGCUAUUGCUAGUCAUCCUUCAGGGUUUUCAUCUCUGUCAGUCUUGCACAAGAAUCACUUAUGGUUCUCAUGAAACCUGGCCUUGAUAAUCUGGCUGAAAACGAUUCUUUCUCCUUCGUACUAUUUGGAUCUUUCCAUCCUGGUCCUCUCAUCCUGGCUAAACUAGUAGAUUUUGUAUGGAAUCUAUAUUAGGCCAGAUUUGUUUGAAAGACAGACUAUGCCACAAGCGUUCUAGUGCAUAAGACUACAGCAUGGAAAAAAGAUGUGAUUAACUUGGUAAGCUGUUGAUACAGUGUGCUGCCAUCAUAACCUCUGUACAUGUGUAGAAAAUAAUAGCAAUGGCGUCUUGCCUUUUUUGUAUAUGUUAAUGUGCAAUUCUUAACCCUAUCCAUCAAUAGCAUGCCUGAAAUAUGGCCUUCUCCAUAUAAUGGUGGUUCCAUAUCUCUGUUGCUUUCCUUUUCUUUCAUACCAUCAAAUUUUCCGAUUUUUUUCAGAUACUAUGUAUAAACACACACAGUGUCGUACUGUGAAACAAAGGGGCUUAUGUAACUACUAGAUACUAAAAGAGGCUCUUGUCUGGACAUUCAGUUGAUUCUAGAAAACAGGGCUUUCUCAUACAGCGUGUUUGAGCGCUCUGUAUAACUAUUAUCUAGAACAGGGCUUAUUUUCCAUGUUUGUGAAUGUCACAAAUGCUUCAUUCGGAUCGCACCGGAUGCAGGGCUCUCGUGUUGCAGCGCUUUGUCUCUCUGCAGGAACAGAAUGUGUCAUUGUUUACCGAGUCUUCACAUUCCAAAAGGCCUGUUUGUCAGUCAGCGGUGCUUACGGGCCCUCGAACACACACGCAAACAUGCCACCAAGGCGAGCGAGUGUGCGCUGAUGCGGAAAGAGAGGGAGUCAGUUUCACUCAAAACAGACAAGCCAAUUGAGGAAAGGAUCUGAAUAUGGUGUUUAGCUGUGCAACGAAAAUAAACUGCCAUUCAGUGUCAUCCUGGUCCCUCUCGGCCUGUAUCAGCUCCGUCCAAAACAAUACGCCCUUGUUUACAUCGGAUCGUCUGCCAGGCGAAUCCAUCAUGCCCUGUUUUUGAAAUCACAUAUUGAAUGUGCACAGAGAGUCUGAGUUGGCCGAACAUUGUGAAGGCACAUUGAUGAUCGAGAUAUUUAAUUACCAGAGCAGAGCAUUCAUGUUCAUUCGAUUUUUAGCAUUAUGAAGCUCUCACUGUGCAUGUUUCCAUUUUAAAAGGACAGUUCACCCAGAAAUUAAAUAGCAUUAAUAGCAAAUACUUGCCACUUGAGACCAGUGCUUAAAAAUGUGAGACAGGCUGAAUAAAAAUGACAAAAGUCAGUGGCUCAAAAGCAGAAAUGCCCCAUUUACCCUGGUAUUUUUAAUGCUGUGCAGUGUCCUGUCUCUGAUGCCCAGUCAUCAAGGAAGUCAAACCAUAUUUACAUGUUUUCAGAAAGCCAUUCCGAUUUUUGUCUUUAUUAUUGAGAUUAUCAAAAAACACUGGAUUCUUUGGCUGUUGUUCACGUUUGCUUAGCAAAAUAGUCUGUUUGUGAGCACCACUAAGUCACAGUUUUAUGUGACAACAAUGGCCCAUGGCAUGUGAUCAAAAGUGCAAAUAUUAUUGGUUGGCCAGUUUUCUUCUCAGUGCAAUGGACAUGAACAUAAAAAUAAAAGAGUUGCAUUAAUGGUAUGCAAAUGAUUGUGUCGAUCUGAACAUACACAUUCAUUCAAAUACUUUUAAAUGAAUGUUUAUUAUAUUGUCUUUAUGUGAACAGUCCUUUCCCCGUCAUAUCAUUCCAAACUUUUGAAAGGAGAUAUUUCGCAGAAUGUCUAAGCUGCUCAUGUAAUGCAAUCGGAUGGUUCACCAACCAUUCCCCUUUUAUUGUAUAGAUAAGAGCAGCUUUGACUAUUUCAGGGUGAACUGCCCCUUUAAUUAAUUCAUUUUACAAAAAUAAAAAUGGACUCAAUCAGGUCAGCUGCCAAUUAUUUUCAGUUAACUGAUAUUACAUAAGCAGUGAUUGCUUAGAGGAAACCUUUAACAAAUGUCACUCAUUUAGCAGAUUCAUUAUGGCUAAUAUAAAGACCGCUUUCAUUAUAUUCUCACUAAUAUCCUGAGCAGAUGGUGGUCCAUUUUUCCGACUCCUACACAUUCUUCCCUUCUUCUCUCGAUGACCCUCUCGAUGUCUCUUGAGAUUGCUUCUUGCCCACAAACUGAAUUACACAGGAAAACCAUUUUCAGUGCCAAACGACUAGUGUUUUUGGGGAUUUGUUUAUAGGGAGUAUUUGAUUAAAUGGAGUCUUGUUUCUGUCGUGUAUUGAGACUUCUGUAUGUGGUACUCAGGGUCUGGACACUGCUGUUUGGGAAAUACAGAGAGAAUGGAGUAGCAUAUUCUAUGUUCAGGAGCUGUAAGGUGUUUAUGUGUAGAAAUUCAUCAGAUGGUUUUAAAUAAUGCCCCUCGUUCUCUUAUAUGUGUGAGUUUGCAAACUCAUUUGUCCAUUCUGUCUCAAAUGCACAGUAGUCUUCUUGAUGUACAGUAUGCUAUGCACCUGUUAGUGUCUCGACGUACGGCAUGUCCCUUAACGUAUAACCUUUUACAGACUUCUCUCUAGGUUUGUUUAUUCCUUUUGAUAUCUAUCCGAGGCAAAACAACUAAUGUUUAAACCCCUUUAAAUUGUUUCCUGCAGGACUUUUGUAUAAGCUAAACAUAUGCAUCAGCCAAUAUGCCAUACCUCUGUCUGAGCAAUCAACUCAAGUGUGAAGGCUUUAUUUCCUUUUCCAGGUUUCGGCUCAUGUGCAAUAGAUGAGGUUUGAUCAUUUGUCUACCCACAUUUACAAAGUUUUCUCUUACUUAAAGGAGGGGAGUGAAAUGUGGCAGUUUUGAGGCACUUUGUAGCUGCAAAACAUUCUUACUAUCAAAGCUUAAAAUUCCCUUUCUUGAUUUAAAAGUAUAUCAGAAUUGUAUAUAAACCGUAAAACACUGUCUCACUCAUACCUACAGUUUGAACUGCCCAGUUAUUUGUGUCAGAGUGCCUGAUUUUGCUGGUUAUUUAUAGACGUAUAUAUUCUGCUGCAUUAAUCUGAAUGUAACGGUUAAAAAAAUUCAAAGACAACAGAAAAAAAUAAGAGCAUGUCCUGAGAAAACACUGAAUGCAACUCUUACUUUGUAAAUAUGUACCAAUGCAUAUAAAGAUGCUAUUUUUUGCAUGCUUUUUGUACACAUAGACAUAAUCAAAGAAAAUAAAGAUAUCACAGGGGA